AUGAGAGCGACCAUUCAGGAUGAACUGCGGUCAGUGAUGCAAAAGAUGGGUCAGUCUCCCACCGAGGAGGAAUUGGACGCAAUGUUCAACGCUGCAGACCAGGAUCAUGACGGGAAUAUUGAUUUCAAAGAAUUCUUGCAAAUUGCUCACGCAAAUCCACUUUCACUUUCACUUAAAGCCGUUUUUGAAGAGCUGGAUGUUGAUGGAGAUGGAUACAUAACCAGCUUGAAAAUUGACUAUCCUAAAAUAUGCGUUUUCGAAAAGAGUAAUGCAACCAUUAAAGUCCUUAUCAGUUUAGGUGUCUCCACAAGAGUUGAAACAAGUCACUCCUCAAAAUGGAUUGUUUCGAAAAUCCUCGUAUAUGGCGCUCUACUUCUGCAAACAAUAAGACAUUGUUUUGUUCGCAUUACUGCUCUUGAGUUGGGUUAA